CUUGAUAACUUGAAUAUGAACAUGAUAAAGGGUGUCUGAUUAUGAACCGUUCUAAGUUCACCUGCAAGAAUCGGGAGAAAAUCCGAUUGAAAGAAUUUCUACAAAAAAGCUACAUGUACUCAACAUCGUUUGACUUUAUGGCAUUGCAGUUGUGGCCCUAUGAUAGAUCGCAGCCAUUCAUAAUCCAUAUGGUUUAUUUCACCAAUUUCAGUUUGACUUUUGCUCACUUGUGUUCUCAUUUCAUUUAUGCGCUACAACAGGUAAAUGUAGGUGGGUUCAGUUUGCUUGUAGUCCUAUGGAGUUUAAUAAGCCUCCAAAGUGUUGUAUCACACCCUUUUGCUAGAAUUGCAAUAGACAAGACUGUAUUGGCUGUGAGUGACGCUGCUGCCUUUGUUGAGGUCUCUCCUUCAGUUCUUGGAUCAAGGGGGCAAAGUUCUGAAUGGGUGAAUGUUAACAUAAGCAAUCCACAUCCUACUGAUGUUAAUGACUGGAUUGGAGUAUUCUCCCCUUCCAAUUUCAGUGCAUCGACCUGUGCCGCUGAAAAUCCUAGAGUCGUUUCACCGUUGUUGUGCACCGCACCUAUCAAGUAUAAAUAUGUACGAUAUGGAAAUCCAAACUACAAAUAUACAGGAAAGGCGAUAUUGAAGCUCCAAUUGAUUAACCAAAGAUCAGAUUUCUCUUUUGCACUAUUUACAGGCGGAUUAUCGAAGCCGAAGCUAAUCACCGUAUCAAAUACGAUUGCUUUUGCAAACCCGAAGUCACCAAAUUACCCCCGCCUUGCUCAAGGGAAGCUGUGGAAUGUGACGACUGUAACAUGGACCAGUGGAUAUUCCAUAAGGGAAUCUGAACCUUUUGUUGAAUGGGGUAAACAAGGUGAAAAGCAGAGGCGUUCGACUGCUAAAACUCUGACGUUCAAUCGUAACAGCAUGUGUGGUGCACCGGCAAAAACAGUAGGUUGGCGUGAUCCUGGAUACUUUCAUACAAGUUUCUUGACUGGACUUUGGCCUAACUCAUUGUAUACAUACAAACUGGGACAUAAGUUGUCUAACAAUACCGUCAUUUGGAGCCAGGUGUAUGAGUUUAAAUCCUCUCCUUACCCUGGUCAAAGUUCUCUACAACGUGUUAUCAUUUUCGGUGAUAUGGGAAAGGAUGAGGCUGAUGGGUCGAAUGAGUACAAUCAGUUUCAACGUGGGUCCCUUAAUACUACCCGGCAGCUUGUUGAAGAUUUGAAGAACAUUGAAUUAGUAUUUCACAUUGGAGAUCUUUCUUAUGCAAAUGGAUACCUUUCUCAGUGGGAUCAGUUUACUUCCCAAAUCGAGCCAAUUGCUUCGUAUGCACCUUAUAUGAUAGCCAGCGGUAAUCAUGAACGCGAUUGGCCCAACUCGGGAUCUUUUUAUGAAAACUAUGAUUCCGGGGGAGAGUGUGGUGUUGUCGCCGAAACUAUGUUUUACGUUCCCUCACAGAACAAAACAAAGUUGUGGUACUAUGUAGAUUAUGGAAUGUUCAGAUUCUGUAUUGCUGACUCAGAAAAUGAUUGGAGGGAAGGAAGUGAGCAGUACAAGUUCAUUGAGGACUGUUUGUCAUCUGUGAAUAGACAAAAACAACCAUGGCUCGUUUUUCUUGCUCAUCGCGUAUUGGGAUACUCUUCUUCGUUGUUUUAUUAUAUUCAAGGGUGUGCAGAACCUAUGGCGAGGGAGAGCCUCGAGAACCUAUGGCGAAAGUAUAAUGUUGAUAUUGCCAUUUUCGGUCAUGCACAUAAUUAUGAAAGAACUUGUCCUAUUUAUCAGAGUAAAUGCAUGAACAAUGAAAGUAAGGAGUACUCGGGGAGCUUGAAUGGGACGAUUCAUGUGGUUGCGGGGGGUGGAGGUGCGAGCCUUUCGGAGUUUGCUCCUAUUAACACAACAUGGAGUGUGUUUAGAGAUUAUGACUAUGGGUUUCUAAAAUUAACGGCGUUUAAUCAUUCAAAGCUUUUGUUUGAGUACAAGAAGAGUAGAGAUGGGAAAGUGUAUGAUUCCUUCACAAUUUCCAGGGGAUCAUAAAGAGUUCUUCAUCCUGCACAAUGUUAAUGGAUCAAGGAAAUGAAGUUGAUGACUUUUUUUGCAUGUGUAUUUUGUCCAAUUUGGGUUUAUAUAAGAGACUUUGAGUUGUUGUGCAUUGCCUAUUGAAAACAAAUGAAUCCAAAGGUGAUGACUGCCAUGAAAGGAAUAUAACCUGUUAUUUAUCCA